CAUAGCAUUGUUUCAUAAAACAAAGAACGGAUCUAUUAUAAUAUCUACAAAAAAUCGAAUCCAUCCAUCCAUUUUCUUCCGCUUAUACUGGGCCGGGUCGCGGGGGCAUCGAAUGUAAAAAAAAUUGAAUGUAAUUCAAAACUGCAUCUUAAUCUUACAUAUCUCAUUCUUAGAACACAUGCAAAACGUAACUAAAUUACUACAAGUGUAAUUUAACCAAAUUAAAGGAACCAUUAUCUAGCCAAUCAGAAGUUGUAAAGGAAGAGCGAACAGCCAAUCAGAAGGGAGGAGGCAGAGCGCUGGAUCGAGUUGACGGUGCGUGGCUCUGAAUCUCCUCAGUUUACUUCAGCUCAUGAAACGGUUCAGUUGUGGCUGUUACGACCGGCUGCGCAGGAAAGAACUAAAAAAACAGACUUUAUAGAGAGUGACAAAACGCGGACCACCUUAGAUAGUCUUCAACGUAUGCUUAAAGUUUGUAUGUUGACUUUUUUAUCAUAUCCCCGAAUAUGUCUCAAAGAGCUCGCAGAAACGGCUCUCCGACGUCUAACGUUAGCUGUUCCGGAGUGACCACGGGAAGCCCGACCGGAACUGCGGGGAUCUGCGCCGUCGGAGUGGGUUUACUGGGUCGCCUGCUUCCCAUGAAAGCCACGGUUCCCUUCCAGCUGAAAUCGCAGACACAGCACCCUCUACAGACACGGACGGUCCUCUCCACCGGUAACGGUAAAUGCCUCAGCAGCGGAUGUGACCCACACGGAACCCACAGCCGGAGCCCCACGCGAUCUCUUUCUUCCUCCAGUGCCUCAAUCAUUUCUCCGGUCACGUUCACUUCUUCUGCGAUGUGUCCACAGUGCAUCACAUCCACAGUGGCUUUAUCUUCACAUUCGUCAUCAAGAACUAGCCCCGUUAUCUCUGUUCACUCAACAAACACGAGAACCCACGCGCAGGUACUCGUGCCCUACACGGGUGUGCACGUCACUCAACGCUCAUCCUCCCAGAUCAGCUCUGACAGUUCAUCCCUUACCUCUCAUUUAUCAGUCUCUCCGUCGUCUUCCUCCUCGUGGUCUUGUGGCCAUAGGGUCAAAUCCCAGCAGCCCCCUGAACAUGACAGACUCUCUCCUGAGUCCCAAAGCCCCGGCUCACCUGUCUGGAGAGACAAGCCUAGAUUUCCUGUGGCAGGGUCUUGGUAUACCACCAACAGCAACGGUAGCAUCCGUCGUACCUCCUCUUUGGAUGCACUCACGGCCCCCUACUUGUCUGGACACUGGCCCCGGGAUCCCAGCCACUCCCCUUGUGCCCCCUGCAUGAGGGAUAAAUCAACCCAGACCCCCAGCGACUUGGCCGAUGAAUGCGGACAGAAGAAGAGGGGCUGUCACAAACGCUCAGCAUCCUGCGGCAGCACUGACCACCUUAAAGAGAUUGUAAAAUUGAGGCAGCAGCUCCAGCGCAGUAAACACAGUAGCCGUCACCAGCGCGACAAGGACCACAAAUCUCCCUUCAAUGGCAACCACACUGCUAUAAGCCAAUCACAGGCUCCUAUUCCAAAGAGUGUUCUGAUCUCAAUUCCCAUCUCUAAGUCUUCCGUCUCACGUUUUCGGAACAGCGUGGAAGGGCUUAAUCAGGAGAUUGAGCGCAUCAUUAUACGAGACACAGGCAACCGAGAGGAGCUGUUUAUUCCUCAGGAGGCCCCAGAUGGGCACAGGGCCCCUCCUCCCCUCUUCCAGCGCAGCACCAGCUCCCGCAGCAUUGACACCCAGACGCCCCUGGACACAGCGGCGGACAGUAGCCACAGCAACAGCAGCAGCCGUUCUCAGUCCAUCUCACCCACGUUCCUGAAUAUUCCCAGCGAGCCCUGCAGCGAUACUCCCUCUCCCAACGAGGACGAACCGUUGACUGAUGGCCAUGAGAAAGAUCUCGCCCCUGGCUCACCUCAGCGCAAGUACGCCUCCUCUCCAAAGCCAAACAACAGCUACAUGUUCAAACGCGAGCCACCUGAGGGCUGUGAGCGAGUUAAGGUCUUCACUGAAGAAACACAGGCCAGGCCACCACAGGAGAUCCCUCAGUUCUUAUGCCCAGAUAGGAACAAGGUCAAUUUCGUCCCCAAGAGCGGCUCUGCGUUCUGCGCGGUCAGCAUUGCCAAACCACCAAUAACCGCACAGGAGCUCAACAACCUCAAGAAUCAAAGCAACAGCCAUCUUGUGCCGGAACCCGAGCAGAGAGCAUCAUGGAGAACCUGCUUGCCUUCCCAGCAACCCUCAGGCUCCUCCUCCUGUCUGUCAGAGUUAGACACACCCCCUCAACAAGCGUCCUAGCUACUGUUCACAAACUCUGCAUGGCUCAUUUUAAUAAUCAAAAGUGGACGAAGUGAUAAUGAAUGACGUCGCUUGUGUUUGAUGAGAUGGUUGCGCUUUACUAUGCAGCGUGUAGGUUUGUGUUUGUUUUCAGAGUAAGAAGGCAGUUUUGGGGUUGGGUAUCUGAUGAACAUAUAUUUGUGAUGAAUAUAUUGGUUUUGUAUUAUUCCUCUACCAUUCAUAUGACUGAGAAUGUGUCACUAUGAAAUAAUUAUGAACGCACGCUCGCACAAUCUGAUCUACAUGAGCUUCCGCAGUUCUUUUUUUGUGAGACAUUGAUGUACAUUUUAUAAUAGUUUGCAGUGGAUCUCUUUGGCUUGAAAUGAUUUGAUUGAUGAUGAUUAAAAGGACCAACACAUUA